AGCCGAUCGUUGUUGUUCGCGAACGAUUCAUCCCCACUAACCAUGGAGUCCGGGGUAUUGACAACAUGAUAUAAAGAGCGAAACGGAAGGGAGCUUUACACUAUAACACAAUCCCUUUUUUUUUUUUCAUAAGAGUUUACAGUGGGAAAAUAAAAACAUGUGAGAGAAAAGGGUAACGCAAUCAACUGGAAGAACGGACUAGAACGGCUCGGUAGAACGAAGAGGAGGCAGGACUGAGCGAUUUAGGUGGUGCCUCCGUAACAAAAGCGAACUAGUUAGCAUUUCGCGCUAGCUAACGUCAAUGAACGCUGGCUUGGGGGUGUUGAGUUGCUUGCCAAAGUACAAUGUUUACUCAAGGUACUGAACUCUGUGGUGGGCCCCUUAGCUACUAGCUAGCCGGUAUUUCCUGAGUUGGGAGUGUACGGAACAUGAAAUUGUCCUCGCCAGUGCCAUACUGAUCCCCUUGGUAACGGGAACAGAACCGUUUUCUUUCUACCUCAUCCGUGAUGACAGAGGUGGGAGUGAAGUGGGCCUGCGACUACUGCACCUAUGAGAACUGGCCUUCCGCUGUUAAGUGCACCAUGUGUCGUGCACAGUGUCCCAGCAGUCCCAUAAUCACAAAGGAGACCUACAAUAGCAGCCCCAGCAGUCUUAGUACGGAGCCUGGUUGUGGCUGGCAGGACCCUCCAAGCCCCGAGGGAAGCUGCGGUAGCCUCCUAAUCUACCCAGACUCCAGUGCCAGGCCCCGUGUCAAGCCCCCCAGCAUGGCUGAGAAUAGCUCCAAGUGGUCCUGUCACAUGUGCACCUACCUGAACUGGCCUCGUGCCAUCCGCUGUACCCAGUGUCUGUGUCAGCGCAACCAAAGGACCCCCUGCAGCCCCACGGAGGCCCCCCAGACAUCAGGCACCAACGUGGGCUACCGCCCAGCCCCUCCCCCUAUGGACCCUUGUACAGAGGAGUACAAUGACCGGAACAGACUCAACAGACUCAACACCCGAGGUGGAGGUGGUGGUGGCGGCAGUAGCAGCGGGCAGCACUGGACUUGCACUGCUUGUACUUACCAGAACUAUCCCAAGACCCGGAAGUGCAUCGUCUGCGACCACCCCCAGCCUCAACGUAACAACCGGGAGGCUAUUCCUAUAGAGCUGGCUGGGCAGUCCGAGGAGGCUCCCUCCUCCACAUCCUCAAUCAUCAAUGAACAGGACAGAGACGGGGCCAGGUGGAGAGGGAGUGGGGUGAGCAGUAAGGGGCUGAGCGGGAGACAGGGACCGGGACUGAGGAUGACCUCUCCACCCACCUCUAAGAGGGAGGCGGAGGUAAAGAUGGAUUUCCAGAGGAUUGAGCUGGCGGACGGGGCGAUGGGCAGCGGAGAGGAGCAGCAUCACCAUCCAGAGAACAUUGAUUUCAAGAAGACCAAACAGAUUAAGAACAGGAUGAGGAAAACGGACUGGCUGUUCCUCAAUGCUUGUGCAGGUGAGUGAGUGGUUAUUAUAGGAUGUAAAUUAGUGUUACUGUACAUAAAGUCCUGUCUGAAUGGACAUUACACAGACACAAGAUCAGGUGAAAAUGAAUGGAACACUCUCGUUCCUGAGUUCACCCUGGUUGUCAUUAACUGGCCACGCUGUAGUAGUUCACCCUGGUUGUCACUAACUGGCCACUCUGCAGCAGUUCACCCUGGUUGUCACUAACUGGCCACGCUGCAGCAGUUCACCCUGGUUGUCACUAACUGGCCACGCUGCAGCAGUUCACCCUGGUUGUCACUAACUGGCCACGCUGCAGCAGUUCACCCUGGUUGUCACUAACUGGCCACGCUGCAGCAGUUCACCCUGGUUGUCACUAACUGGCCACGCUGCAGCAGUUCACCCUGGUUGUCACUAACUGGCCACGCUGCAGUAGUUCACCCUGGUUGUCACUAACUGGCCACGCUGCAGUAGUUCACCCUGGUUGUCACUAACUGGCCACGCUGUAGUAGUUCACCCUGGUUGUCACUAACUGGCCACGCUGCAGUAGUUCACCCUGGUUGUCACUAACUGGCCACGCUGCAGUAGUUCACCCUGGUUGUCACUAACUGGCCACGCUGUAGUAGUUCACCCUGGUUGUCACUAACUGGCCACGCUGCAGUAGAUCACCCUGGUUGUCACUAACUGGCCAUGUAGUUCACCCUGGUUGUCACUAACUGGCCACGUAGUUCACCCUGGUUGUCACUAACUGGCCACGUAGUUCACCCUGGUUGUCACUAACUGGCCACGUAGUUCACCCUGGUUGUCACUAACUGGCCACGUAGUUCACCCUGGUUGUCACUAACUGGCCACGUAGUUCGCCCUGGUUGUCACUAACUGGCCACGUAGUUCACCCUGGUUGUCACUAACUGGCCACGCUGCAGUAGUUCACCCUGGUUGUCACUAACUGGCCACGUAGUUCACCCUGGUUGUCACUAACUGACCACGCUGCAGUAGAUCACCCUGGUUGUCACUAACUGGCCACACUGCAGCAGUUCACCCUGGUUGUCACUAACUGACCACGCUGCAGUAGUUCACCCUGGUUGUCACUAACUGGCCACGCUGCAGUAGUUCACCCUGGUUGUCACUAACUGACCACGCUGCAGUAGUUCACCCAGGUUGUCACUAACUGACCACGCUGCAGCAGUUCACCCUGGUUGUCACUAACUGGCCACGCUGCAGCAGUUCGCCCUGGUUGUCACUAACUGGCCACUCUGCAGUAGUUCACCCUAGUUGUCACUAACUGGCCACGUAGUUCACCCUGGUUGUCACUAACUGGCCACGUAGUUCACCCUGGUUGUCACUAACUGACCACGCUACAAAGUGAUGGAGGGAGCGGAAAUCUAUAGUUAGAAAUCAGAAUAUUAUUUUGUAAGAUAUUAUAUCGAUACUUUGACUCCCAAGUAUCCAUUUUGUGGUGUUAGCUAGCGCUAGUCGGCUGUACCUGCGCCAAACCCCGGUAUUUUUAAUCCUAUAGGUUAUUCUUUAUAACCCCCGUUUAGUCGAUGUCUGCGCCCCGGCGCAAAUCUAAUUAAGUGUCUUUUUGUAUGGGCUGUGUCUCAAUCCACUGCAUCCACCAGUGGCGGCCGUCCGCAUCUGCGGUGGAAGGUGGCCGAGCUACAGCGGUGUCUGUCAGACACGAGACGUCCAGAAUUUAUUGUUUUUCCUCAUGAAAACGUUUGUAGCGUCCCAACUGUUUGGUCUACAAACCCCUAUGGAAAGAUGAGACUCUCACGCUGGUGUUAUCUGUUUUCAGGGUGUCUCAAAAUGUCUUAAAUUCAGUUUUCCCGAGGUCUUAAAUGUGACGGAGUGACUACAGUGGUUCCGUUAUAUUGUGCCGAUGCUUAAUCGAUGCUACGCGAGAAAAAAAUAAUAAUAAUUGAAAGUAAAAAAAAAUACUCAAGUGGCAUAUGAUGUUGGGAGAGCAACCCGAGAGAGCGGCCCGGUCCCGUGCUGGAGAGGGACCCGGUCUCACCGGAGAGAAGGACUGGUUGCGCCUCUGUACAGGUCAUGUGCGUGUGCCAGCAUGACUCAGGCUGUUGCCAGAGGAGAGAGGCAAGGUAGCCUAUAGGCCUACCAUUCGAUAGAAACGGUGAGCUUUCUCUCUAAGCAUGACUAGGCCUUGGCUAUAUGGAAUGCACUUGAGUAGAGAUAUAUGUUUUGUGGAUACACAAGGUGUUUGUUGGAGGAAUGACUAUCUAGAAUGAAAAUAGACUUGUUACGGUUAGUGGCACAGCAGCUGCAUUGUUACGUAAGGAACACACAGAACUACAGUAUUAUUAAGGGAGUGUUUAGUUAGAAGGGAAUCUUGGACCCAUUGAAUCCCUGAGUGUUUGUCCUUGCUGUUCUGGGAGAAUCUCUGAUUAUUGAAAGUAUUCCCUCAGGCCUGUAGGGAUGAACAGUUCCUUUGGCUAGGCUGGGGAGCAGACUGUGACAGAGAGGAGAGGUCUGCUGUCUGUCUGGGUCCAGUGGGAGAGUGGCGACAGAGUGAGCGGGAGAUGGACAGGGAGAAAGGGAAAGAGACGGACAGGGAGAAAGGGAAGGACAGGGAGAAAGGGAAGGACAGGGAG